AAGAUGGCUGCAGGCCGGCAUGAUCAUUGUGACAAGUGUUACAAUCUCCACUGUCAAGUCCCGGUGCAGACCUCCUUCUCUUGCACGGUUAUCACAUGUUACAGAAACUGUGGUGCCACCUUUCAUAUGUGUAAACAUGAUGAGCACCUGCUUCUUUGUCCAAAUGAGAUGGUCCCAUGCCUCAAUGUUGAUUAUGGCUGUCCACUCACGAUGCUGCGCCACAAGCUAGCCAAACACUUGGAGGUUUGUCCUGCCAGCAUCGUCUGCUGCUCUCAGGAGUGGAACCGUUGGCCUGUUCCUGAUACUGACAUGACCUUUUACGCAAAUAUUUCUGAAAGUCUUCAAUUAAACACAGAGCCAGGUCUUGACGUUGCUUUGGCUCUGAGGGAUCAAGCCUUGUUGUUUCAAUCCAUCAAAAUGAGAAACGUUUUUCCUGAGCUGACAGAAGAGGAACCUGCCCCACAGAAUCAUCCUAUUGGCACCAUCGGUGCUGCAGAGGAGGGGGCCUCCUGUCGUGAUUGUUGUGGAUUUGCAGAAAAUGCCUGUGUAAAGACAGAGGAAAAAGAACUGAGUCAAAAAGAGAGAAGCGCUUUGGCGAAGAGCUCAGAUGUGGCAAGCUUUCAGAGUUCCAGUCAGUGGGAGAAAAUAUUUCAGAAGGAGAAGGAGGGAUGCAACCUGACUGUUAAAAAGCUGAAUAGAGAUGGGAAAGGGAAGGGAAUGGAAGAGCGGAACAUAACAAAGAGUGAGGGGGGACGGAGAAACCCUGAUCCGGGUGAGGAGAAUGCUGGCGCUGCCAGAAACAUGAAUGGUGCAACUGGCCUUGCGCCAUGGCAAGACGGGGUCCUUGAAAGGUUAGGCAAAGAAGUCAAUAUUGCCGAAUAUAAUAUGUACCUGGUGCACAAUGGGGCAAUGCUGAUAAACUUUGGCCAGCUUGCCGCAUGCACCCCGAGAGAAAAGGAUUUUGUUUAUGGAAAUCUGGAGCCAAUUGAGGUUAAAACUGUUCGCUCAUUUAAUGUUCCUACCAGCUAUCGAGCAAAACGCAGUCACCUGAAGGAUCCUUCACACAAGGCCAAAACCGAACACCAGAAUGUGGGCACUGAUUUGGGCAUGUCGGCUGAAGAUCUUCCAAAAUCUGAAGAGGUCGGCUCGACACUAUUGUGCUCCAUGGAAAAGGAACUAAAGGGGCAUUUGAUCUCAGAGAGCUCCUCUACAGAUGGCAUUUAUGUAGAUAUCGGAACACAAACAUACAUUUUUUCCUUUGCUCCAUUCAAAGCCGAUGCAUCUCUAGCUGAUGUGAUUGCCGGCAAACCACGUGGCCUUUAUGUGUGCACUGAAUCAGAAUCCGUUACAAGAAGACACAACAAAAUUAGCUCAGCUUUCAGCUUCAUGUGUGGCCACUUCUUCCGCCGUGCUGAAUACCAUUCUCAUUUCAGGAAUGUGCAUUGUGAUAUACAAGCCUCAGUAAACGGCUGGUUCCAACAGCGCUGCCCCUUAGCAUACCUUGGUUGCACUUUUACCCAGAUACGGUUUCACCCUGAGGGUCAACAAGCUACAAUCAAAUUCUGUCAAGAUGCCAGCGCCUUUAAGCUUCUGCCACACUUCCCUACAUCCCUCUGUGAUAAUGUGAAAAGCUUCAUCCCUCAAGGAAGUGCAAACGAUUGUGAUGCCCUGAGCAGGCUGCCAAUGGAGAUCCUUCAGCAUAUAGCUGGGUACCUCGACAGUUUAACGUUGUCUCAGCUGUUACAAGUUUCCUGCCUGAUGAGAGAGGUGUGCGCCACACUGCUGCAGGAAAGAGGGAUGGUCUUUCUUGAGUGGAAGAAAAAGACCUACAAACAUGGUGGAAGUUCAUGGAAGUGUCGAAAAAAAGUUUGGAAGUUCAGCUCUCUGUUUUCUCCCGUGAACCGCUGGAGCUUCAGUAACGCUCCUUCUAUGUCGGAGCACCUGAGAACCUGCACGUUUUACCAGAAGGAGGAGCGCAGGGAGCCGGUGGCUUUAACGUGCCUGGGAGAGGUCAGAAACAAACGUGGAGGACUCAAGCACAAAUGAUGAUGCUCAGAGCAGUUGGUGGGGCACAAAGAUGUGUCCUGCACAGUCUGUUCUCACAAAACUGAGGCAAGGCUGGAGCCUUUCUGCAGAGAUGUUGUGUUAAAGCUAUAAUUUACUCGUGAUGUCAUUAAUGCUCGCAAAAUUAACUAGAUAAAUUGAAUUCCCUGCUUAUUGCAGAAGAACUAGCUGAAAAAAAACAACUGAAAGUAGCGAAAAAUAUGAAAUCCAGAUUAAAUGGAAGAACGAGCCUAUAUUAGCAGAAAAAAGCAGAAAAACAAAUACUUGCUGAACUAGAUUUAAAUAAAUGAGCACAAAAAAAAGGAAAUUAGCUAAAAAAAAGCUGAAA